UAACUUCCGUUUCCCAUUUGUUGUUUUUUUAUUCACGCGGAUUUUAAUAAACAGAAUAUUUCUUUUUAUUUAAAAGAAACAAUGGACGAAACGUAUAAUCAUGUGAUUCCUAAUAUGAAUGCUGAGGAAUAUAGAAAUUUAAGUGAUGCUGAUAGACCACCGGUACAUGACAAACAAUUACAAGUGAUUAAAGUUUUUCAAGAUAAAAGCGUCAUUAUUGGCGCGAGUAAUAUGAUUGACAGAAAUUGGAAUGGUACAUUUUGGUAUUACAAUCAAUUGGAAAAUUUCGAUAGAAAUAAAGCAUACGGGGCAAUUAGAACUGACAGUGGAAUUGCGGAUGCUGCUUAUCUUGGACAACAUAAUAAAUGUAUUAUUGGAGAAGAUAGUGGAACAAUUCAAAUUGUUGAAUUGAAUGACGAAAAAAAUGAUGAUAGUAGCUCAACUUUAAAGACAUUUAAAUCAUUAAGUUAUUCCUGUCAACAUGAUGAUUGUCUAAUAUCAUUGUCGGUAUUUGACAAUAAACUAUGCGCUGUUUCAGCAGGAAUGGAUUGUUGCAUUAAAGUUUGGGACGUUACAGAAGAUCUUAAAUCUACGCACAGUUAUAAUUCUGCCCAUUGUGAUACAAUUACCUGUGUGAGUGCACAGCCAAAAAGUGAUUCUGUUUUCGCGUCCACUUCAAAGGAUUCUGAUACACUUAUCUGGGACACUAGGAAAUCAAAGCCAGCUCACGGCAUUUUCAAAAAUAAUAAUUGUGGAUUAACGGCGAUUGCUUGGAAACCAAAUGAUGAAAAUAUAGUCGCAAUUGGUGCCGAGGAUAAAAGUAUUACCAUUGUCGAUAUUCGUAAUCCAAACACUGAAAUUUGUUCUAAUGUUGUUUUCGACAGAGCGGUUUAUAAACUCGAAUUUAAUCCACUAAUUCCAAAUCAAUUGGCCGGCUGCUGUGAUGGAAAUAUGGUGAAAAUGUUUGACAUUGAUAGAAAUCUAGUAACAAUUUAUGAAGACGAUAGACAUCAAGAUUUUGUUCGUGGUCUUGCUUGGCAUCAAAACAAACUUUUAACAUGUUCUUGGGAUAAUUCUAUUCUCAAUCAUUCACUAGUGGAAUUAUAAAAAAAAUUCCGGUAUUUGCUCCACAGAAUAGAAAUUAAUUUUUUUUAAACCUAUUUUUAGUUUCACUCUUUUUUUUUCUCUAAAUAUCACAUUAAUGAAAGUCGUGUAAAUAAGUAAUUAAUUGAAAAAAAGGAUUUUCGUAAUAAUUUUUUUCAAUUUUAUAUUUAAUGCAAUUGGUAUUUGUUUUUUCCACAAAUAUAUUUUUAAAAUCAA